GAGUCGAAUGAUUAGCUGGAUUAAUUGUGGAGUUACACAACAUGUGUAUAUAGAGUGUUUUUAGUGCCAGGCAACUUUCCAUUUUGGUGGAUUUACACUACAGACAAGGAUCGUGUGGAAAUAACAUACUUCUGAUUAGAGGUCUGUAGUAAUAACCUGUUGAGAUGGAGGCCGAGAAUGAACAAGGUGUAACAGAGACUAUAGUGGAGGAACCGGAGCCCUCAGAUUCUGCCACGGAGGAGAAGCCAGCGGAGACUGACCAGGCUGCACCAGAGAGUGCUGCAGCAACACCUGCACCAGAGAGUGAGGCCGCCACACCUGCACCUGAGGAUGAGGCUGCCACACCUGCACCAGAGGAGGAGGCAGCGACGCCCGCGCCAGCUGAUGAUGGCGCUGAUACACCUGCUGCUGAAUCUGAGCCAGCAGAGGAGGCAGCGGAUGCUGAACCUGCUGCUGCUGAGGAGGUGGAGAAAGAUGAUGAACCAACAGCUGAACCGGAAGCUGUGGAAGCAAAGGAUGAGGAUGAGGCCUUAGAUAUCAAAGAGGAUAACGACAGUCAAGCAGAGACUUUGGGAGACAACGUUGAGGCGGAGGAUGCCCAAGCAGAGACGGAGGAGAAGGGGGAAGAGGAGACCACGCGGGAGGAGACUGCUGCAGAUGGGGAGGAGUCUCCCAGUGGAGAGAAGGAGGAGGGUGAUGGGGAGGCCACCGAGGAGGCUGGCGAGGUUGUGCCUGAAGGUGACCUUGAGGAGCUUGACCUUGAGAAGGAGGAGGAGCAGAAGGAGGAUGGAGACGGCGCAGACGAGAAGCAGACGUCAAGUCUUGCAGAUCCCGGUGCUGAGCGUGAGGCCUUCCAACAACUCAUCGACGAGAAUGUCAAGUUAAAAAGUGAGAAACAAACCUUAGAGGAGGAGUUAAGUGUCAAACAGGAGGAGUUAAAUGCAAAGCAUGUGGCGAUAAUCGAGUUGGAGAAUAAGAUAAAGCAAGAGGAGGAAUCGCACCAACAAGGUGUUGAUAAUGACUCUGAGGAGUUGAAAAAGAAGUUAUCAGAGACUGAUGUCGAGAAGCAGGAGUAUGAGGUGAAGGUGAAUGACCUUCAGAUCCGCAUCAAGCGGUUAGUCAAGGAUGAGGAGGAGAAAGAUAAGAGGAUCAUGGUGCUGGAACAGGAGUUGAAGGCGGCCAAGGAUAAGAAUCAUGACCUGGAGACGAGUUUAGAUCGAGAGAAAGCGAACGGCCAGGCAGCGGGAGGAGGCGACCAGGGCAAAUCAAAGGCUUGUACGAUUUUGUAACAUUUGAGUUUUGGAAUUCUGUGCAUUAUGAUACUGUAAGUCCAGUUAUGUUAAAUGCCAUCAUUUGAGGGAGUUUCAUGAAAGGGGACUGAAGGUCAUUUGUAACGCAAGGCGGGCAAAUUUGUUGAGUCACAAUUUAAUAGAAGUCCUACAACAAAUGAAAACUUGAACAAGACAAAUCUUCCCAUGCAUACAGUUUUGUUUAAAGGAUGAUAUUCUCACUAUAUGGCUGAAUGUGAUUGGGCUUACAGCAUUUUGGUUCAAUUCUGAUAGCAUUUUGUAAGCUGUCAUAUUUUAUAUGUCCUACUCAAUAGCGAGUCUCAUAAGCCAAAUUCAUACUCCAAUUCACAACCAUCUUUGUUUGACACACGAUCAAAAUAUUGACGCCAAUAAGAACUGUAGUCUUACAUGGGCAUUCAGAUUUUGAUCCUGUGUUAUGAACGCCGAUGGUCAGGAGUUUGAGCAUCAAUUAGGCUAUAGAUUUUUCAAAUGAUCUGAGCUGAGAACUUUUACAUGAUUUUUCUUUAGUCACGACGAAUAUACACGUCAAGCCUUUAGUUUAUAUCAAUUUAGAUCUCAUUAAAUUACGGCACUGGGUCUAUGUAGCAUCACUGCUACUUGUAUUGUCGUUGUGAAACGACAACUUUGUACAGAAACUUUUCUACCAUGUACAGUGGCUGUGACUUUAUAAGAGUCUCUGCUACUGAAAGCUAGAGUCUUUUGGGGCUGGGUUAGAAGAGAAUUGGUUGACAUGAAAAAAUGUCACGGAAUUGCUGAAAAAUGAAUUUCGAUUGCUGGAAGAUUCAGGUCAGGAAAGGUGUGAAAAGUGUAUCAUGUUUUCAGUUGUUAUGACAAUGCAUUGACAAUCAUAAAAUCACUUUUGAAGUUUUGAGCAUGAACUAGAGUUUGUCAACGCUAAGAAAUCGGAAGCGAAAUGAUUCUUGGCGUAAAGGAAACGUAACUGUCCUCUGUCUAUCUAAGUCAGGGUAAAGCUUUGGCUGGACGUGGUUGUGGGAAAAAUACAUUCUGGACUCAGUCUGUGGUCUCACCCAACUAUUUACCAAUCCCCUAAAUCAAUAUUUUCUGCCUGAUCUGGUUUUUCUUUUGAAGGUGAUCACUUUCAUGUGGAGUCACGAUUGUUGCUCACACCGUGAUAACCUCUCCGAGAUAAUUAGAGGGAUAACACGACCUUUAAACAUAAUAGUUUAUUAUGUGGUUGAUAAUUAGCGCCCGGG